CUUCCAAGCAAUUUUCAGAAGAAGUCUUAAGAGCCCACAAUGACUACAGGAAGAAGCAUGGUGUUCCUUCACUAAAACUCUGCAAAAAAUUAAAUAGAGAUGCACAGCAGUAUUCAGAAGCACUUGCUAGCACAAGAAUCCUCAAACACAGUCCUGAAUCUAGCAGUGGAAAAUGUGGAGAAAAUCUAGCAUGGGCUUCAUACAAUCAGUCAGGAAGUGAAGUAGCUGACAGAUGGUAUAGUGAAAUCAAGAAUUAUAAUUUUCAAAGCCCAGGUUUUUCGUCUGGGACUGGUCAUUUUACAGCAAUGAUUUGGAAGAACACAAAAAAGAUGGGAGUUGGAAAGGCAGCUGCAAGUGACGGCUCCACAUUUGUGGUGGCUAGAUAUGAACCUGCUGGCAACAUUGUAAACCCUGGCCAAUAUGAACAAAAUGUUUUUCCACCAAAAGAAUAAUCUUUGUGGAAAGAGGACUAUUUUUAACAGAUUAUGAAAAAGAAAACUGGGAGUUCAUAUGAUUACAUUGGAUAAACCACUUACAUAAAACAAAGUUGAAUGGUACUUUAUUCCUUUACUGAUCAUUUCAAGAGAUGUUUAAUGGAGAAGCAGUUUUGCCUACCAAAAUUCACUUUUGUAUGGAACCAUCACUGAAGUAUAUAGGAAAUGAGAAGCCAAAAUAUGGAACAUACAAAAUCAAGAAAUGUAAGAACAUAAUGAUUUAUAUCAUUUCUUAUUUGUACAGAAUCACUUCUCUAAAAUAUAUUUGCAAACUUUAAUUUCAAAAUGCUAUAAUUUUAAUAUUGUUAUUUCAAUACAUUAGAUUUUCAGGGAUUUAAAAAAAAAAGGCUGAUUUUAAUUGCUUGUACAUGCCAUUCAUCACCAUAGGGAUUGCAGCAGUUUUAAAUAUGCUAGACUGAAUGCACACAGAAAAUAAUAUAUGUGUUCUAACAUAAAUUGCAUGUGAAGUGCUUCUACCACGUGUUUGAGGAUGUGAUAAGCAUGGACAACCUUAGCAGGGUUGUAGGCAUUCUGAAAAAACAGCCGUCUCCACAGAGCACAAAUCAAAUCAAAUCAAAUCAAAUUUUUAUUAUGGUCAAAGACCAGCAUAAGAAGGGUGGGGUACAGU